GCUAUGACAAUAUUAUCAAGGAGCAGUUAGAUAAUGGAAUUAUUGAAGAGGUUUCAGAAUUAGAAUCUUCCACAAAGACAUCCUAUUUGCCACAUCAAGCCGUAAUCCGCCAAGAUGCAGAAACGACAAAACUCCGAGUGGUGUAUGAUGCCUCAGCAAAAGAGGGCAGGUCAGGUACAUCUUUGAAUGAUUGCCUUCAUGUUGGACCCCCACUCACUCCGCUAUUGUUUGACAUUUUAUUGAGAUUUAGGGAGAAUAGGAUUGGAAUUAUAGCUGACAUUGAAAAGGCAUUCUUGAAUAUUGAAGUUGAUACACAAGACAGAGAUUGUCUCAGAUUCUUGUGGGUUGAAGACUUUAAUGCAAAAGAUUUAUCUGUGAUUGUGUAUAGGUUCAGAAGAUUGAUAUUUGGAGCUAAUUGCUCCCCAUUUUUGCUAAAUGCAGUGCUAAGAUAUCAUAUUGCAAAAUAUGAAGUAGUUGAUCCUCAAAUUGCUACUAAACUUGCCACAAGUUUUUAUGUUGAUGACCUAGUGUCUGGAAGUUCAGAUACGGAAGGCGGUAGAAAACUUUUUCUUUCAGCUAAAGAACAUAUGAAGGCUGCUGGAUUGAACCUCAGAAAAUGGAAAACCUCAGAUCCUGUCCUAGCAAAAGAAUUUGAAGAGGAGAAAAUCAUAACUGCGAGCCAAAAUGUUUCUCCCACUGAAGAAACAUAUGCUAAGGAAACACUUGGCUCUGAGGAAGGACACGAUAGUACAAAGGUUCUUGGUAUAUCUUGGAAUAUAGGAAGUGAUGACUUCACUUUUGAUUUCAGGAAAUUCAUAAAUAUUGAUGAGGAUGUAAAAGUAACUAAAAGAACCAUUCUUAGUAUAAUUGCAAAACUAUUUGACCCACUAGGACUUGUAAGCCCAGUCAUUGUAGGCCUUAAGAUUCUUUUCCAGGAACUCUGCACUUUGAAACUUGGAUGGGACGAUGAGGUACCUAAGGAUCAGAAGGUAGUCUUUGAUAGAAUUGUGUCUGAUCUAAAAGAAACUGGAAAUAUCUCUUUGCCCAGGUGCUUAUAUGGUAAGGAAACAGGUACUGUCAAAUCUUGCUAUCUCCAUGGAUUUGCAGAUGCUAGUAAAAAUGCAUACUGUGCAGUGAUCUAUCUUGUUUAUGAAACUGAUGAUGGUAUUUUUUCUAGGCUUAUUUGUGCAAAAACAAGGGUAGCCCCAUUGAAACAACUCAGUAUUCCUAGACUUGAGCUUAUGUCUGGACGUAUAUUGUCAACACUAAUGGACACUGUUUAUAAAGCAUUGAGCCCUCAGGUGAAAAUUGAUGGAUGCAGAUAUUGGUUAGACUCAAAAACUGCUCUUUACUGGAUCAACAAUCAAGGGCUCUGGAAACAAUUUGUCCAGCACCGUGUUAAUGAGAUAUUACAGAUCUCAGAUAAAAGGAACUGGGGUCAUUGUGCAGGUAUCUGCAACCCUGCAGAUUUAGGCUCCAGAGGUGUAACACCCGGUGCAUUGAACACCAGUAGGUUGUGGUGGCAAGGCCCCCAUUGGUUAGUUAUGGGGAAAAAACAUUGGCCCAAACAAUUAUUGCUUUCUGAUUCACAGGAAAUAGAAGAAGAAAAGAAGAGGGAAACAAAUGCUUUAGCAGUAGCACAAGACUCAGAGAGGCAUUUUGGAAAUAUCAUAGAUGCUAAAAGAUUCAGCACUUUGGCCAAAUUGUACAAGGUUUCUGCAUAUGUGCUGCGCUUUCUUCGAAACAUAAGGCUGUCAAAGGAAGAAAGGCAAACAGAUGGUUUAACUGCAACUGAAAUAUGUGAAGCAGAAGCACAUUGGACCAGAGAUACACAAGAACAAAUGAAGAAAUCAGGUAACUUUAAAUUACUUGCUGUGCAACUAGGCGUUGUAGAAAAGGGCAACAUGUUGAUUUGCAAAGGUAGGCUAAGUAACUCUGAUUUGGACAUAGAAGCAAAAUUUCCAAUUUUAUUACCAAGAGAUAACACAUUUACUGAUCUUGUCAUACAAGAUUGCCACCACAGAGUUGGACACUUAGGUUUGAAGGCAACCCUAGCAGAACUGCGUUCCAGGUUUUGGGUUCCAAGGGGUAGACAAUAUGUAAAAAGAAUUUUGAGCAAGUGUAUUGUGUGUAUUCAUAAACAAGGAAGGCCAUAUAAUAGACCUAUAGAAGGACCCUUGCCAGACUUUAGAGUGAAGGAUGUGCCACCAUUCACAAAUGUUGGUGUUGACUUUGCCGGUCCACUCUUUUACAAGGAUAUAGAUGGUCAGAUGAAGAAAUGUUACAUUGUUCUUUACACCUGUUGUACCUCAAGAGCAUUGCAUCUUGAUUUAGUUAUAGAUUUAUCUGGUCCAGCUUUUCUAAGGAGUCUGCGAAGGUUUACUGCACGUAGAGGUACACCAUCACUCAUUAAUAGUGAUAAUGCUAAAACUUUCAAAUUUGCUGCUAAGUUCCUGAGCACCCUUGCUAAGGAUCCUUCAGUAUUUUCCUUCCUACAGGACAAAAGGAUAACAUGGCGAUUUAAUCUUGAGCGAAGCCCUUGGUGGGGUGGAUAUUUUGAGCGUCUUGUAGGAUCUGUAAAGUCUUGUCUAAGAAAGGUUCUAGGGAAUGCAAGACUUUCCUUGGAUGAAUUAAACACCACACUACUAGAAGUUGAAGGUAUACUUAACUCUAGGCCAUUGACAUAUAUUUAUGAUGAGAUUGGUUAUGAGCCCCUGACACCAAAUCAUUUAUUGCAUGGUAGAAGAUUACCUUUGCUAGCAAAUAAUCUAGAAUUUGAUGCUAAUGAGGUCGAUGAAAAUGCUGCCAUAUGCAAAAAACGAUUUUGGUAUCUCAUUAAAAAGCUCAACCAUUUUGCUUCUCGAUGGAAAAAUGAAUAUCUAGUUGACCUUAGGGAACAUCACAGACAUAGAGGCACAGGGGAAGCAAACAUUCAACGAGGAGACAUUGUUUUGAUAAAAGAAGACAAUUUGAAGCGCAACCAAUGGAAAAUGGGACAAAUUGAAAACCUAAUUCAUGGGAAGGAUGGAGUUAUCAGAGGAGCAAAAGUAAGGACUUGCUCCAAGGGUAAGAAAGAUUAUUUAAAUAGACCUUUACAGAAACUUUUUCCUCUCGAGUUGAAGAAGGAAAGGAAUGAGAAUGGCGAGGAAAGUAAGAAUACCACAGGAGAAAGGGAUGCAAGGAAUGAGAGCCUCAUCAGGGUUAGGCCGCAACGCGCAGCUGCUAAGGAUGCUAGUUGGAAAACCCGUAUUAUGCUUGACUCAUAG